AUGGAGUGGGAAGCUCCGAUCCCCGUCUGGAUCGAGUCCAUCAGCAUCGACGUCGACGACGAAGACAUGGCCGCGGCCGAGUUUAUGACGUCGAUCCCUGUACGCAAGCCAACGGCCAAGCCCGCUCAUCGAACCAGACGAAGAAUCGACGUGGACCCCAUCGGCCGCAAGGAGAACCGCAAGGACAAGCAGCGCGGCUACGAGAAGGGCUACCGCAAGCGCCAGAAGGACAAGCGCGCGGACGACGAGGUCGAGUGGAUGCAGCUCGAGGCUCAGGUCAGGACGUUACUGGCCAAGCGCACGGCGGCGCGAUACCUGGAGCUGCUGCAGGAAGAGCGCGCUCUACGGGAGGCCGAGGCGCUCGACCGCUGCAUGGCGGCCAGGGACGUGGCCCUCUCGCUGUGGGGGACGUGCGCCACCAGAAGAAACGUGCGCGAGCAGCUCAACGCGCUCCCGGGGCUCAGGGAAUGCCUCACGUUUGAGUUUUCGUGGUAA